AUGGCGACGGGCGACGGCGGCCGACGCGCGGGGCGGUGGAGAAAAUCCGUGUUGACGUCGCGCGAGGACGGCGCGAGCGCGGCGGGGGCGAUUCGGGCGUCGCGCGAGCGCGUGCGCGAAAGAGCGCGGGCGCGAGCGAUGGGCGUGGAUGGGUCGUUGAGCGACAGCGUGGACGCGAGAGAAGUGCGGUUUGAACGCGCGUUCGAUGACGUCGAGGCGCGAUUCGAUGGCUUGAAACGACGCUUGGAGUGGCCGCGGUCGCUCGGGCGGGAGGGGAUAGCGUUGAACGCGCGGGCGGGGGUACGGGAGAUGUUCGCGCGCGCGCGUUUGCAUCGCGACAAGACUCGUCAAGUGAGAAGGGCGAAGAAUCGCAAGCUGAGUGGAAAUGACGCGCAGAGGGCGUUGCGAAUGUGGAUUCUCGAUCAUUUCGACGACCCGUUUCCCACGCUCGCGGAGAAGAAACGACUGGCGAAGAAGGUGGGGUUGAAGGUGGCUGCCGUGUCGAACUUUUUCAUCAACGCCCGGGUGCGCUUCUGGAAACCUCUCGUACUGCAACUCGCGGCGGAAAUCGAGCGAGGCGACUAG